AUCGCGAGGAACUCUUCCUUCCAGCGCGCGGAUUUCAAAUCAAAAUAUUAGUCAAAUUUAGGGUUUUGAAUAAAUAAAGGGAAAAUAGUUAUCGAGUUUUUAAUUAUUUGUAAAGUUUGCCUUCUAGUCUUUUAAAGUAAGUUAUUUUAAAGUGAUAAAAACCGUGCUGUGCCAUAAUACAUGUUUACUAAAACAUGCUUGGACUUAUGGAAGGAAGAAUGCCAGCAGCAAUGUAUAGUUACAUUCUGCCGAGAUCUGGAUCAAGCAGUGGGAAACGGAAUACCCAUAUCAAUAAUAACCGAAUUUUGUGGACCGCCUGGCAGCGGGAAAACUCAAAUGUGUUUGCAGUUAUGCAUUAAUGUACAAAUUCCGGUGGCAUUGGGAGGACUGGGUGCUAAAGCUAUUUAUUUCGAUACGAACUUUGGAUUUCAUCCCGGCAGGUUACAAGAAAUUGGUUCUGCAUGCGUCAGACACUGCGAAAAGCUGGUGGAAGUGCAUAAAAAAGACCUGGUAGAGGCAACACGUGAUUUGACCAUUGACAAUUUAAUGAAUGGUGUUUACUAUAAGCACAUACAUAGCUGUAGUGAAAUGCUGGAGGGACUUGUAACGCUAGAAAAGCUUCUGAAAUCUGGUGAGAAGGUGAAACUUGUGGUGAUAGAUUCAAUUUCUUUCCUCAUUAGAAACAAUAUAGAGAAUACCUUGGAACGAAUAAGAGUGGAUCACGUUAUACUUACGAAACUUCAUAUACUUGCUCAACAGUAUAAAUGUGCAGUUGUCAUCACCAACGAUGUAACUACACGAAUAAACGGGCAAGUGUCCAAAAUAGUUCCCGCCCUGGGGGAAGGUCAUAGUCAUAAAAUUAACCAAAGGAUAGUGUUUGGACCAUCCAGCGACGAUCCACCGGGGAUUGGCAUAGCGUCGGUUGAGAAGGGACUAUUUCGGACACGCAUGGCAGUGAAGUUUCAAAUCAGCAACGCCGGUAUUAGGGGUAUUAGGAAAAAGUGAUAUCGCACUACAGCUUUUAGAAAGUCAUUUUAUUACUUAAUGUGUGGACUAAUCUGUGAUAAAGUUUUAGCACAACA